UGGGUCUGUUAUCAGUGGAUCUGUUGGCAGUCUUGCGUACUGCAGCUGAGCGCAGAAGGAUUGGCUUUAUUGCACUAGGGGGAACAGUAGGUAUCCAGGAUAUACCAGGCAAGUGGUAAACACAAAGGGAGGGCUAUCUGCUGCUGCUGCCCCAGUCAGUACUUGACUGAGAGAGAGACAGACAGAGAGAAAAAGAGAGAAGAAAUGGAGACAUCCAGCCAGCUACUAAGUCUUGACCAAAAGAAGGAGGAAGAUGUUGGGACUAGCUUGUUUCACUGCCAUAUGAAGCAAAGAAGGCGUUUUAAUCCUCAAGAGGAGAUGAAGUUCCUGUUACACCGGUUGAUAGUCGUCGCCAGCCUCCCCCAGCAACUCGCAGACAGGAAAGACCUGGGAGUACACUACGAAGAACUGAACCAGCGCUUGCAGAGGUAUUACCAGGGAGAUGCUAUCACAGGCCUGCUUUUGCUUUACCCAACCUGCAUGCUUCAUGUCAUUGAGUCCUCCAGCGAGGUUCUUGUGUCUCUGCUGCAGGAUCUGAGGGACAUGCAGGAACGGCCACACUGUGUCCUGAUCGAGGCGCCCAGGGUCCUGGUGAUGUCACAUGACCUUCCCAGCAGGUUGUUCCAGCAGUGGAGCUACAAGGUGCUGAAUGUGCCGGCUAGGGUGGGUAGGAUGCUGAGUAGAGACGGGCCAGAAGAGGAGGAGGAGGAGGACACCGACACACUGGUCAGCACCACCCUGUCUAUGCUGCUCAAGCUGGGGAAUCACCUCCUCAAAGCCACCAAGGGGUCAAAUAUGCCUCUGGGCUCUGUUCUGGAUGAAGUACCAGAGAUGAUAGUCCCCCAGGAUAUCCUGGUUCAGCUCCUGUCCAGAGGAGACCUUCUGAGCCCCCAGCAGUACCUGCAGGCCUACCACACCCCUCUCCACAUCCUCAUGGACUCUGGGCACGCGUUUGGAAGCAGUCAGCUAACUACAGUUUAGUGUUUGGCCAAAAGGUCAAAGAGCGUACUUGGCCUCCAUCCGAGCAACUUCGAUGUGAAUUCUGACUUCUGAUGUGAUACAACUAGACAUUUGAAUGUGCUUCCUACUCAAUCUGUUUUCAGGGUUCAUGCCUGGUUAUUUGUAUGUGUUAUUGAGAACUGCCAUUCAUCUGGACUGUGUGACACAUUCAACUCUAAAUAAUUGUCCUUGCUCCACAAAUGGAUACUACAUAACAAGAUACAUUGUUUGAUACUGUAGUGUUAAAAUACACAGGGACUGCAGGGUAGGUUUGGUUGUAUAUUGCAAAUAUUUCAUAAAUAUUUUACUGGAUGUGAACUGGUAUUGGAUGUAUUUUCUUUCCUGUGUAUAUACUGUCACAUCCACGCCAUACUCACAAUAAGGCAUGAUUAAAUACACAUUUAAAAAAAACAUUUUUUAAUAGUUUCAACAUUCUGAUGAGCAUUGUUUUUGAUCUUACAGGACAUGUCCAUUGUUCCACUCUGUGACUGGGAGGGAGUAUGUCCCCUCUCUUUAUUUUAGUGUCCCCAAUGUCACUGCAGUUUGACAUAGUACUGUAGAGCCUUUAUAUCUAAAAGCAAUAUCUCUGGAGCAUCAAUCUUCCAUUUUAUUUUGACCCCCUUGUGUUAAUUUAUUACUUGAACAUAAACUAUGCAAAAAGAUUUAUUAAAAGGUACUUUCUUACCAAACAAUAGCUGCAUGCACCACAGUGUCAUAACUUACAAAUGUUCAGAGGCAAACCAGGUGUGUUUUAUCCCACAUUUAUUCAGGCUUGGCUGAUUGGCCAACCAAAAAAGGUGUAUCUUUGUUUUGCCUAAUAUGAAGCAGGAGGGUUUUUUCAUCUGAUGGAUAAGGGGAUUGAUUUAUGCCUAUAUAAGGCUAUCCUCAGAGAAUAACUCAACGUUUGCAGACAAAAAUAAAUACACUGCCAGUCAUCCAUUCAGUUUCACUGUCAAUCUGUUCCUGACUCAUUAGGCAAAAAAAGCUAGAAGUUGGAUGCUAUAUUGUCUCCGAGUUGUAUUAAGUCAUUAAGUUUGGCAAUUAUUAAGCCAUGCUUCUAGAUGUACAGUACUUCAUAUAUUGAUGUGACUCUGCUUGGUGAAUAGUUGAUUGACUGGAUGAAAAGUUGUAGCUCAACAAAAAUGCAAAACAGGAACUGUGGACUGAUAAACUGAUAGGGCAGAACUGAAUAAUUCUACCUGCAUUGCAAGGUCCUUUUUCUUUUCACAUAUAAAAAUAAACAUGACAAGGACAGGUAAAUAGGACCAAAGGUAAUUUCACAAGCAUGAUGACAAAGCAUGCUGCUGAUUUUCACACGUGGGACAAUGUCUAGUCAUAACCCCCAAGCCUAUUCACAUCACUACCAAACAUCUGUCCAUCCUGUUAAAACUACAUCCACAACACAGAGAAUUCCCCCUAAAAACAACCUGAGGCAAACAGUCCAAAUAGUCACCAGUACAUUCCACCUAUUCAUUUAAAAAAAGGCCUUUUCUCUUACAGUAACUCAACAGACAUGCUUAGAAAAACUGUAACAGUGGAAAUAGUUUGAGGAAUCUCUCUUACCAACAACUGCCCUUGGUACACAGGAUUUCUGCUUUUAAUAAUAAAGUUGUGUGUUCAAUAAAUAUGUACAAACCAUCACUUCAUAAAAAGAAGACAACCCCUUUUACAGAACAGCAACAGAACAGCACAUUAUCACCACAGACAGAAGUCCAGAUAGACACGUAACUGAACAUUCAGUUCAACAUCCAAAUUGUAAGAACAGCCUUCAAAAAUGUUAAUGCAAUUUAGUCUAUUUUAUAAUUUUUUGAAUCCUCAAAAUCAUAUGCCAUGGUUGGCAUUUGUUGCAAGUAAUGAUACAAAAGACAAAAGCAAUAAAACAUCAAUAUAAACUGUAAAAAACUUCAAAUCAUUUUAAAGAGAGUGGGACCCCCUUCAUCUUUGAGGUUUCUCUGUUUCUGUGUUCACAAAUACUGUAAUUGCACUUUCUUUUAUCAUUUUGAACUUCAACAUUUUUCUUCUGGAAUUGUCUACUCAGCAUUGCGUUGAACUAUAUUGCUUUCAGGGGAGGAUAUUUGUCUUCUACACUGGGGAAUAUACUCUGUACUGUAAGGUUGGAAUAACUAGGUUGACUCAACUGUUUUUUGCCUCGUAGGGAUGGUGGUCCCCUUCUAACUUACCUAUUGACAAUCACAAAUACAUCCCUUACAAUAGCUCUACUGGUCAGGCUGUCGACUAGUGGAAACACACAGUGACGCAGCACUUUCCAUUCAGACAUACUGUAUUAUUAAGCUCCCGGCUGAUGACUCUGCACUAACAAUCCUAGAAAAUAGAUUUAACCUUUAAUCUAUGUCCGUGUUAUAUGGUAUUAUUUAAAGCUUGCGGCUGAUAACCGUGCAAAGCUUUACUGCAUUUCGUUAAGUGUGAAUCUGGCAAUAUUGUGGUCAGGACCAGAACAACACGGACAUGUCAAUAAAUAAAUACUUUCAGUCAAUAUUUAUAUUUUUCUUAUCUUAAUAUAUAUUUGAUCCUCUCCCCCUGUUUUAUAUACACACACAUAUACAGAGGCGUCAGUAUUUACAAUAGUGUUGUGAUGGAUAAAACAUAUAGCACUUGAACAUAAGUGCAUGAAAGGGCAGCGUUUGUUGUGGCUUCCAGGCAAUAAUCAGUGUUAUGGAUGGAACAUUUCGAAGGAGAAAAAGUCAUAGGUCUGUAUAGGUCAUGGGCGGGCGCCUCACCUUUGAACCCCAACACCGGAUAAACCGAUUGGACCAUUGGUCUUUUGUGCUGUGGAUGU